UUUUUCAGAACAUUCGACUCAGAUAUUGUUACCUACAUAUAAGCAGUUGUUAGAUAAGAGUGAAAAAUCCCUUAGUUCAUUUCAAAAACUAGAUUGUACAAUAUGCAACCCAGAUAUAAAAGAUUAUUAUAGUAUUUCAACUAGAAUUUUAGAAUUAAAUCGUAAACUUCUAGGAAAGAUUAUAUUAACACCACAGGGUAAAAAAUCUCUAAGCCAAGGAAGAAUUGUGAUCAUUAACAACAGUUCCUACAGAAAUAUUGUUGGUACUAUCCUAAAACCUUCCUCCGCAAAAAAUGAAAAGUCAUUUUUGGUUUUUAUGCUCUUAGGCGAUAACAUGCUGAAUGCUGAAAAAGCUCCGUUACCGGUCACCCGAGUUUUUAUUCCUGAUGUAAAUACUUGUUUUGGUGAAAUCAAAUCUCUUCAUUACACGGAUCUUGCCAUCAUUACAAAAUCCGUAAUUAAACUGGACCCUGAGGCUUUAAUAGAACGAGAUCUUCAUGUAACAACUAGAAUAACACAAGAGUUGUGGCGUUAUGCGAUGGAAACCCAAACGGCUGGAAUUAUUGAAAAUGAAUGGACCAAAAUAAAAGAUUUUGAAUUUCAAAAAAAUUUAGCAGAAAAAAACGAAUUGAUGAAUAAAUUGCUCAAUUUCCAAUGCAAUAUAUGUCCUGAUUUUACCGAACAUUAUGGACAUGUCCAUGAUGAACGACUCCUUGAACUUAACCAUGAAGGUUUAAGGAGCUUUAUGUUGAACCAAAAUCUUGCAUUAUUACCGGAUUAUACUCGAAGGACUAAAGUACUGGAGAAAUUACAACAUAUUGACCAAUAUGGCACCGUACAACUAAAGGGACGUGUCGCAUGUGAGAUUAAUUCAGCUGAUGAAUUAGUCCUAACCGAACUAAUCUUUGAAAAUGCUUUCGCUGAUUAUGACUAUUCGGAAAUUGUAGCAUUGUUGUCUUGUUUUAUAUUUCAGGAAAAGCUGGAAGGGAAACCAGAACUUAUUCCUAAAUUAGACGAGGGUAGACAAAAAAUUUGUGACUUCGCACAAAAAGUAUAUGAAGUACAAAAACAAUUUUAUGAAUGGUCAAGAGGGAAGGAUUUCAUAUAUAUAAAAGGUCUCACUGAAGUAAUGGAAGGUUCAAUUGUUAGAUGUAUUACUCGAUUGGAUGAAACAUGUCGUGAAGUAAAAGACGCUGCAAAAAUAGUAGGAAAUUUAUCAUUAUGUAAAAAAAUGGAAGAAGCACAAAGUUCUAUAAAACGCGAUAUAAUAUUUGCUAAAAGUCUGGUACGUAGUGAUAAAAUUUUAAUUCUUAAAUUCUAA